GUCUUCAUGUGUAAUGGCGAAGGUAUGAUUGACAUGCAGCCAGGGGUCGGGUUAGGGAUUAGUUUCGCGGAGGUUAUUAGAUGAUGUCACAGUACUCCACUUGCUCCCGCCUGUUUUAUAUUCUCAUUUGUAGUCGCCAGCACCUGAAAUGCUGAAAUGGCGAAGCACAGCGGGCCGUCGAUUUUACCGUUUGAAAUCCCAUCGUCGUCAUUCAUCCAUUCGCAACACCAAGGGUCACCAUCACCACACCAGACGUCUCGCCACCAGCAGCAGCAGCCGUUAGCACCUCAGCAGCACCAGACUUCGCGUCGCGAUGCAACCAAGAAGAAAUCCCCAAUGCCAAUUAAUACUGAGCUCGACAGAGCAAACUCCGUCGGACCUGUCAAAACUGGACACGUGGCGUCGCCAAAUGCUUACCACGAGACAGCUCCCGUCCCACGCUCGGGAGUCCCGCGGUCCGUGACGUGGCACACGCAGCAGAAUCAGCUUGGAGACGUCAGCAGGCCACGGUCAGCGAACCCUAACUCGUUAGUGGGACCCGCGGCACAGCCGAAGCACAUACCGCUGUCUAGAACCGACCCGUGCGAAGAGAUUAAGUAUGAGGAGCUUAUUCAUGAGAAGAAGGUAUUACUACGGGCGGAAAGCAAGGGUCGUGCGCCGGGGGUAAAGUCUUUCGCGAGUCACGGCAGGAGGGCGAAUAGAGCAUACGAAGACGAGCCUUCGUAUGGCGGCUCCAAAGGGAAUAGUUCGCCUAAUGAUGUCAUCAGCCAUAGUUUCCUUCCCUCGGAGAGUAGUCUAUCCACCACCGACUCCCACGGGGGGUCCGGAGGUCCUUUCCCGGCGGACUUAGAGGUGGAAAAUAGGCAUUUAAGAGGUGUCGAGGAGAGUGAAACUGUGGGGUCGAGUGCGGUUAAGAGUCCUAGUGGAAGGAGACGGAGAACGCUGGUGAAGCAGGACGAAGAUUCUAACGGAGGUUCCUUUAAGGAGGAUAAAAAGGGCCGGACAUGGCGCAUGCCGAGCCUCCGGAGGCGGCACAGCACCAACGGGAGGGAAGACGGAGGUUCGGACGAGCCCGUGCCGGAGCCUCGGAAGGUGCAGGUUCCGUCAGGCUCGGAUGCCGGGCCUGAGGUUGCGCCUCGGCGACCGUUCUAUUCUGCGUCGUUCGGGUAUGUGAGCGAGCGGAGGAGGAGCUUCGAAGGGGGGGAGAGUAGGGAGACGCACAGUAAUACACACAGCAGCAGCAGCAGCAGCAGCUAUGGCGGCAGCAGCGGCGGUGGAAGCAGGAAGAAUCAGCCCUGCUCUGCUUCUCCUGAUAGCGGCCUCCCUAGCAGCGGGAAAUCCGCGCACAGGCCGAGCGUGUUCCGCCACGCGCGCCCGAAAACGCCCGAGAAGCCGCACUUCCCGGAGAGAAAGGCCAUGUCGGAAUCGUUCACGACGCCCGGCGGGUCCAGCCGCCAGGCGGACUUCUUUCCGCCGCCGUCGCGCGCGGCUGCUAUCGCGGCGGAGAAGAAGCGGCAGGCGAAGGCGCGGGGGGAGGGGGGAAUGGGGGGGAUUAGGGGCGUGUUCAGCCGCAGCAGCAGCAGCGUCGUGUCUCGCAGCAGCAAGGACAGCAGCGGCAACAACAGCAGCAACAGCGGCAGCGGAGGGGUCAGUCAUAGUGUUGGAAGCAUGAUGCGACGAAGUAGCAGCAGCCUGACCACGCGAUACCGGAGCAGCGGCCACGGCAGUAGCAGCAGCAGCAGCUGCAAUAGGAAGGGGGGGUAUGAGCUGCCGGACGGCUCUCAAACCUAUAACGAGGAUGGCUCGUUUGACCACCGGGUAGACGGGGUAGACGGGGACUCUCCGCACGAGAUCCUUCCCGUGCCGGCCCUGCCUCGGAUCCGAACCAACGCCGCCUCGCCGAAGCGGGCGCUCAGCCGCAGGCUCGGUCUGUCGCUGAAGCUCCCCCAUGGGCGGAACGGGGCGAGCGGGGAGGGGGAACGCGGGGGAGAUGGGGAAGGAGGGGGGGAGGGGGAGGGCGGCGGAGUGUGGGAGAGGACAGAGCUCGCGCGGAUGUAUGGGAAGGGGGAAAUAACGGAGCGGAUGGCGCAGAGACUCAAGGGCCGCGGGGGAUCGCUAAAGGGGUGUCUGUUUCCCCCGCUGUCCCCCACGAUGGCGGACGCGUUACACGGCGACGAUAUGGUCGAGCCCGCCGACCGCCUGCAGAGCCUGCAGCGGCGGCGGGACGAGCGGAAGGCUCUGAGGAGCGCGGGAGGGGAAGGGGGGGGCGGGCGGAAGGGCGAGAGGGAGGUUGACAGGGACGGGGACAAAGGGCGGGCGGAAGGCGGGAGAGAAGGCGAGGGGAGAGCGGGUAGAGAGGAGGAGCGAGGGCGGCAGCGAGGGAGUGAUUGGAGUGGGGAGUCGAUGGCGUUAAGUGACGCGUCAACAACUCCAGAUGAUGCGGUGCAGAGCGGUGGAGAAGCGCGGACGGUGAUCCAGGCGAUUCUCGAGAAGCGCAGGCAGAUCAAGGAACAGAGGCAGGCGGGGGGGCGGGGGGAAGGGGCACGGGGGGAAGGGGCGCGGGGGGAAGGGGCGCGGGGGGAAGGGGCGCGGGGGGAAGGGUUACUGAGGAGGGGGGGUGCUGAGGAGGAGGGGUAUGAGGCGGCAGAUGCAGAGACGGCUGUCAGGGCGGCAAGCCAGGUAGGGACAGUGGCAAUUCGGGGUGCAGGAGACAGUAGGGAGAGUGGUGAGAUGGGUGGUGGCAGUGAGGGGAGUAUGGAGGAGCAGGGUAGGAGGGCAUGCACUGGCGGCUCUGAUGCCACUGCCGCUACGCCCAUGGGCGCCACAGGAAGUGACACUGACGAGGGGGGAGAGGCGACGGAGGAGGAGGAGAAGGAGGAUGGGGAGAAGGAGCGGGAAGCGGAGGGGGAGGAGGAGGAGGAGGAGGAGGAGGGGGGGUGGGAGAGCCCCGGGCCGAUAGCGCGGUCGAACACGUGCGACGGGCGGAUAGGGGGCAGCCGGGACGAGGACCAGUGGCUGCGAGUCCGAGAGGCUGCUGCUGCUGCCGCUGCCGCCAGGCGAAUGGGUGGGCGAGACUAUGGUAGAACCGGGGGAGCUGCAGCAGGAGGGGAGAGAGGGGAGAGAGGGGAGAGAGGGGAGAGAGGGGAUAGACUAGGAGGGAUGCGAGUGGAGGGUAGUGGCACCCCGCCUCGAGCCCCACUACCCGCGUCAAAGGUACUGGGAAGCAUUCCCCCCAGAAGCCAUGUGCGGUCGGCUAGUCAUGGAGCUGACAGCGCUGCCUUGGCCCUCUUCGCCUCUGCUGGCAGUGGCAGCCCUGCUGCUGCUGCUGGCGGCCGUUGUAGUGGCGCCGGUGGUGCUGGUGGUGCUGGGGGUGCGCCUGGUAGUGGUUCGCAUGGCUCCCCUGUGGGCCUUUCGGGCUCCCCUUCCUCCCACCACCACCUCUCCCACCACCACCCCCACUCCCGCCUGCAGCACCUACACCAAUCCCCCUCCACCCUCUCCCCCCAGCACCCCCACUCCCUCCCCCACCCCUCCUCCUCCUCCUCCUCCCCCGCCUCCUCCGCCCCCUUCCGCCCGUCCCUUCCCAAGAACUUCCCCCAGGGGGGGGGGCGCAGGAGGCGGGGGUUCGGGUCGUUCGGGUCGUCUGUAGCAGAGUCUGACUCCAGCGGCAGUGACUUCCACGUCAGCCCUGUGCGCGGGGCUGCUAGCACUGCCGCUGGUGCUGGUGCUGAGGCUGCAGGAGGGGCAGCAGCACCUGCUGCUGCUGCUGCUGGGAGUGGCGGCAGCAGAGGCCAGGGAGGGAUCUCCCAGCCGCUGCGGCGGGACCUCUCCCGCGCGUCCUCAGCCUCCCCUGUCAGCCGAGCAGCCUUAGAAGCCCUUGGGGUGACAUCAGGGGGGGGAGCGGGAGCGGGGGGAUCAGGCAUUGACAGCCCCCUUGUGCGGAAGAAAAGGGAUCAGCAGCAGCAGAAGCAGCAGAGGCGGCGGCGGUCCUUCAGUAGCAAUCCGGAUCCGGGCCAAGAGGGCGCAGUGGAGGAGGAGGGAGCAGCUGGUGCGGAUUCCAGUGGGGGGAAUCCCGAGUCUAGGGAUCCAUGGGCGUGCAUGGGUGAGUGGGAGGGGAGGGUGGAGUUAGAGGAGGCCGAGAGGAGCGGAGGGGCGGGGACGUGGAGGGAGGACGAGGAGGAGGAGGAAAAGCAUCUGACGAUAGUCCAGCGAGCGCGCUCCCCUGCCCCACUGCGCGUGCAUCUCUCCUCGGGUCUCGACUCCCCAGCGGCGUACAGCCCCUCGCUGCCACGCGCGUCGUCGUCCUCCCCACUGCAGUCCCCCCUGGUGCGGUCGCCCUCGUGCGGGGUGCAGUAUGACCACCAGCCUGUGAUCCCGCUGCUGCUGCCCGCCAGGCUGAGGUCGCCCAUGCGCAGAAGCAAGCAGGCACAGGGGCAGAGGGACGGGCAGAGCCACGCGCAGGGGCAGGGGGAGGGGCGUGUGAGGCCUGUUUCUGCAGGAGUUAAGAGGGUGGGGGAGAGGUGUGAGGGGGAGGAGGAGGAGAGAGGGCGAGAGGAGGCGAGGGAGGUGGAGAUGGGCGGAGGGCGGGUGAGGAGAGCGCGAGAGAUUAGGAAGAGUAGCAGUUUGGGACGAUGGAGGGAGGAGAGAGAAGAGAGAGGGGAGAUGGGGGAGAGAGAGGAGAGGGAGGAGAGGGAGAAGAGGGGGGAGAGGGGGGAGCGGGACAGGGAUCAGGGCAGAGGGUUGAAUAGAGGAGAAGCAGAGUCAAGAGGUCAGCUUCGAGGGUCGUUUGAUUUCCAGGUGGCGCCACUGGGUGCGGAACGGUUGGAAGGGGUGAGAGAUGGCCAAGGGCCUAGGGCAGGUUCAGGGGGGGAGGAGAUGAGGGGGGAGGAAGUCGAAGAGGGGAGGAGAGAGGGCAGGGGGGCUGAAAGCGGCCCUCCUGGCAGCAUUCGGAGCAUGAUGGGCUCUGUGGCUCGGACAUCCAGUGCGCCUGCUGACUCUCUUGCUGUGCUGCCACCGCCCGCUCUAUCUAGACGGCAACACGGGGCGGAUCCCAGCUUUGAAAUCAUGCUAAGGGGACGUGAGAGCGCAGGGGCAGAGGAGGAGGAGGAGGAGGAGGAGGAGGAGGAGGGGGAGGGGGAGGGGGAAGAGGUGGAGAGGGGGGAGACUGGGCGAGAGAGAAGAGGGGGAGGCACGGAGGGGCGAGGUUUGAGAGAAGGGGAGGACUGGAAGACUGGUUCGGGCAAGGGUUUUGGUUUGGGUAAAAGAGGCCUGGGGCUGGGAGGCGGCGGAGAGCUGUCGUUUUCGCGCAUUCCCAUUGGCCGGUUGAAUCUGAGUGAUAUAGACGAAGACAUGGCGUCUGCUUUAGGUGGGGAGGGGGAAGGAGAGGAGGAGAGGGACGAGGGGAGAAGAGAGGUGAGAGGAGAAGGUGCAGCAGGAGAGGCGGGAGCAAGGGGAGCAGCAGAGACAGCAGCAGCAGCAGCAGCAGCAGCAGCAGCAGCAGCAGCACCAACGUCAGCAAUCCGGCCAAGUCUCAGGAUCCUUCUGGGAGACCUCUCCUCCCCCCGUUGUUACUCACCCUCGCAACCCUCUGCACCGCACUCCACCCUCGACAUUCCCAAUGGCCCCUGCCCCUACCGGGAGUUCGGACCUAUCGCUCAGGCUCGGUGCCGAGCCGAGGAGGCUCGGAUGCACUGGUCUCUACUUUUCUCCCAGUAUAUGGAUGUUUUGAUGUGUAGGCUGUCAGGAGAAGGGGGGGAGGGAGAGGAGGUGGAGAGGGAGAGUGUGGCUGGAGGAGGGAGGGGGCGAGAGGAGGAGGAGGAGGAGGAGGAGGUGGUGGAGGAGGAGGUGGUGGAGGAGGAGGGGUGGGGGGCAGCUGAGGGGCCGACUGGAAGUGAGGGAGGAGGAGGAGUGGGGAGGAGGAAGAAAGGUGGAGUAGGGUCGAGCCUGAGGCGCCCUGCUACAGUGGGAGCGGGUGCUUGGGACAUAGAUGCUGGUAGGCUGUCAACCCCAUCAGCAGCAGCGGACCGGCAGGGAGUAGGGGUGGGGGGAGCAGGAGUGGGGGGAAUGAGGGGAGGGUCAGGGACAGGAGGAGGGGGAGGGGUAGGCGGGGCAGCAGCACCAGGAACGGUCCAUUCCUGGAUGAGGGGUCGGUCCGGGAGGCUCGGCCGAGCCUGGUCCUCUGCUUCGGCGUCCCACCGCGAGUUUGAGUGGAUCUGCCGCAAGUUCCAGGCAACUUCCGAAACUUCAGACCACCUGCCCGCGUUCCACACUGACGAAGUUUUCACGGCUGCCCUGGCCGUGUGGCUCAAGUUCUGGGACCAAUGGGGCGACGGCCGGCCGUCCUGGGCAGCCGAAAACGACGAGCUCUCGCCAGAAGGAGAGGAAGGAGCGGAGGGGGGAGGGGCCGGUGGGAGAAGUGAUAGCGGCAACAGCAGGUGCAGCGGCAGCUCCCUCCUCGCCUCUCCCUGUGGCUGGGGGCCGGAUUUCACAGCUGCUGCUGCUCUGGUGGCGGGCAUUCAGGAGGAGGGGGACGGGGAGGGUGUGGAGGGGAGCGGAGGAGCAGGGGGAGGGGAGUUGUUCGUGGGAGGCGCAGCAGUGUUGCGAGGAGAAGUGAUUGGCUCACCAGCAGCAGCAGCAUCGCCAGGGCAGCACAGGGGGUCAAGGCUGGCACCAGGCGGGCAGUGGCACAGCAUUACAACGGCUGCUGUAGAUGCUGCUGCUGCUCUUGCAGAGGAGGGGGAGUCGGGAGAGGGAGGAGAGAGAUGGGAGGGAGGAGGGAGGGGGGAGAGGGGUGAGGCCGGGGGAUUGAGGUCCUCCGGGCGGGUCGCUGUAGAACGAUCCUCGUCUGUAGGUAAGGCUCGUAGCAGUCCUCUUGAGAGGGAGGAGAGAGCGCUGUGUGGUAGGCUUGAGAGGGAAGAGAGGGUGCUAGCGGCUUCAGGAGCAGAGCGGCCGUAUACCAGCGAGCAAUCUCAGCCGUCGGUUGCUGAGAGGCAGCAGCAUCAAGCGCACAGAGCUCACCGUCCGUACACAGCCCAUGUACCCUCGGGCCUGGGCCGUGGGGCAAGCCAAUCCGCGUCUACCAACUCCCCAGCAGCAGCAGCAGCAGCAGCAGCAGCAGCAGCAGCAGCAGCAGCAGCAGCAGCAGCAGCAUCAGGAGGGUCGCAUCCUGACCUCAUCUCCCCGCCAACCCUAAUCACCACGCCACGCCAGCACCGCUGGCGGCCCCCUCCUGAAUUCGACGACGCCGCGGAAAGGGGGAGGCCAGGCGCAGAGGCAGCAGGAGGGGCGGGGAAGGCGGGGAAGGGUGCGAGCAGCAGCAGCAGUUCGCGGAGGCGAGGGGGAGGAGGGGGGGCAGGAGGAGGAGGCACGGAGGUGUCGAUAAUGUCUCGGCUGGUGAAGGACGCUCUAGCUGGGGAGGACCGGUUCCUGUCCGCCCGGUGCCACCAUGACGACAUUCUGCUCUUCGUGGGCGUGGCUGCGGCGAUCAGCGCGUGGCGCCCCGCCACGGCUGCUGUGAUCCUCCUGAGAGUGCUGGACAGGAUCGCCUUCUUUGAGCACCUGCAGGAGAAGGGAGGCAUGGCCACGCCUGAGAGGGGAGGCAUGGCCACGCCGGCCAGAGGAGGGGGGUCUACGCCCACGGGCAACCGCACUCCCACCCAUGGUGCAGCAGCAGGGGGAGGAGGAUGGGGAGGAGGAGGUGGAGGAGGAGGAGGGGGAGGGGGUUUGGGCGUGUUCAGCUCGACACCUAUCAACAGCACCCCUUCCUCCCCGACCUAUGGGAUGCGUCCCUGGACCACCCCUAUUCAUGCAUCAGACACUACCAGCAUUAGUAUCAGCAUCAGCAGUAGUAGCCACCUGCCCCCAGGUGCAGCCUCCCCCCGGUCCACCUCCCCCCGGCCUGUCUCUCUCCUUCUGGGCGGCAAGCGGGCGGGGACGAAUCUGCCUGCGUGCCGCUCGUUUGUCGUCUCUUGCCUGCUGGCUAUUCUGUCCUCUUGCGAGGACCGGGCGGCGACAGCCAUGGCUGCCACGACGCCAGCGGUGCAGCGGCUGCUGAUGUGGCAGGAGACGACUGGGUCUGACGGGGAGGGGGGGGGGGACGGGGAAGAGGGAGAAGUGCUUGAGGUGGUGUUGGAGGAAGGGGACGAUGGUAAAGCCACUAAGACCACCACCACCACCACCACCGGUACCAUGCACAGCAGCAGGAAGCAGCACGCGAAGAAGCGAAGGGGCCGGCUGCCAAGCUUCUCUGCCCCAUCCCCUUCCGUGGCCGGCCCGUCCUUCCGCAAGGGGUGGUCCCCCAUGACCCUCGCGUCCCUCGCCGAGGUCGCCCUAGCCGAGGGCCUCGCCGCCGCCAAGCACUCGAGCCUGCAGGAGCGGUGCGAGGAGCAGGAUCGGCUGUACCUGCAGCUGAGCCUCGGGCCGGGCCUACUAGCGAUGACGCUCUCUGCUGCCAUGCGUGACCUCCCCCAUUUACACCCGGAUGACACCAUGGCUGUUGCCACUGCGGUGGAGGACAUGGGGGUAGAUGAGGCGGCUUUUCACGCGGGGCUGCGGGCCGUUGCGAGUGGGCGGCUGGGCGCGUCAGGGCUGGACCGGGUGAUCAAGAUGGUGUUUGUGGGCAGAGGGGUGCAGUCCGUUUCAAUGCGGUUUGCGAAGCUCGCUGCUGCGGUGAAAUCUGUGCGGUUCUUGGAUGGCGGGAGUGGGGUGGCGGGUGCGCCGCCCGGGGGGGCUGCGGGAGCGGGAAUGCUGGGACUGGGCGGCAGUGCGGGCGGCAGUGUGGGUGGUGGGAGCACAGUGGGUACGUCAGAAAGAGCAGCGACUUCUGGGGGAAGAAUUGGAGGUUCUUCUGCUGCUGCUAAGGGCCCUGGUGCUGCUGGUACUGCGGUUGGUAGCGGUGCUGCUAGUAAGGGUGGUGGAGGGGGGGCGUUGGGAGGGGUACUGUCUUUAUUCGGGUCUCAGUCGCAAAAACCCCGCCCCAGCACUAGCUAUGUCAGCACAGGCGCUUCUAGCUUCAACGGCGGCGCUGCCGGCAGCCUCGGCGGCUACCGAACCUCCAGCCAUGGCAGCGGCGCUGCUGCCGUACCUCAGGCCAGCCCUAGGACCCCGCGUGCCACUUCCAGUAUGGUGUCCAGCCCUAGAAGCAUCGCCAGCAAUCACCCCCACCACCACUACACCCACAACCAGCACCACCACCAACAGCAGCAGCAGCAGCAGCAGCAGCAGCAGCAGCAGCAGCAGCAGCAGCAGCAGCAGCAGCAGGGCAGCCCCAAGUCGGCUUCUUCCCACAGUCCUACACCCUCUGCCCCCAUCUCCGCUGUCCUUAGCAGCAGCACCCCCAAGUGGGCGUCCGCUGCUCUUGCUGCCGCCUCUGCCUGGGGCUCUGCCAUUCAGAGCCGGGUCGCAGCAGACGGGGAGAAAGGGGCGGAUGCUAGAUCUGACACUAGGAGCGUUGCAGGAAGCUGCAGGGAAGGUGCUGGUGCGGAUGGUGGGAAUCCUGCUGUGAUUGGUGCUGCUGGUGGUAACGCGGGGGGUAGUGGGAGCAAGCGGUGGGACUUUUUCAUGGGCAGUAUCACGGGCAGCAGGGGUGGUGCUGGGGGGGUGGAGGACGACGUUUUGUCCCAGGAAGGGGGGCUCGGUCCGGGCAGUGAAAUUUCGGCUGGUAGCACUGGUGCCCGUAGCGCUUAUGCUGGUGUUGCUGCUGGUGCUUGUGGUGCUGCUUCUAGUGGUGGUGGUUUUGCUGGUGCUCUUGCUGCGGCGCUGGUCAGUACUGCUAGUGUCUACAGCGGUGGUGGCGGCGGCGGCGGUGGUGGUGGGGGUACUGGUGGUGGGUGGGGCGGCGGCAGCAACUGGGGCGGCGGCAGCAACUGGGGCGGCGGGAGCAACUGGGGUGGCGGGAGCAACUGGGGUGGCGGGACGAAUGGCGCGCUGACACCUGGCAACGGGGGGAGCACCCCGCGCGCGCUGACCCCUCGAUCGUCCUCCCAGCAGAGCUCGUAUGUGUCGGAGUUUGUGGACGCCAUGUUGCGGAGCGAGGAGAUGCGAAAGCAGCACCCGUGGGCGUAUGAGGUGCUGCUCAACUUCCUCAGGAUCAACAGCAGGGGAGCGCCCAUGGAGGAGAGGGAGCUGGACCUGUGUGCCCGGGUGGUGCUCAACAAGUGGCUUGGCGAGGGGUCCGAGGCUGACCGCGAGGCUCGGGCCGUGGCUCGGGUGGAGAGGAUGGGGGAUCCAGGGUCGGAGGUGGGGUGGCCCAUGUGGCUGCGGAUCGGGCGCCUGGUGGAGCGGGAGCUGGCGCACAUGAGCCAGCUCUUGGAGGCCAUGCACGCAUUAUCCAUCUGGCUUACUUACGACAAAAUGGAGGAGGACGGCACGUGCACAGAAGCCAUAUCAGGGGAAGUCUUGGACUGGGGCAUGCAGGGGCUGCUGCACGUGCUGCCAGAGGGGUCGGGCGCACAGACUCUGCUGGACCUGCUGGACCCGGAGGAUGACGACUGGGUGGACCUGUCCCUCUCGGUGGUUUCUCGGAUCGCUGCCUGCCCCAGUGUCGUUUGGCCGGUGAAGGGGGGGUCCGCGCUCUUUGUUGCCAAGCUCCUCACGCUGGUUGAAGACUGCGCAGAGAUGACGCGCGACCAGCAGAGCCGGGCGGUGCAGGUGGCGGUGCAGCUGUGGGGGUGGGCAAUGCCCAAGCGCGAGCAGCUGCUGGACCAGUGCGAGACUGAGGAGGAGGUGAUGGAGGUUCUCGACCGCUCAGCAGCUGCCACGUGGCGCUCUGUGGCUCUGGGAGCCAUGGCUGCCGUGCUGGGUUGACCUUUUUCGGCUGCCCUUUCCCUAGCCCUGCCAAACCAGGAGGGCUCUAACUUGUAAAUUGUAACGCUGGCAUGGCAUGCCCUCUACUCUGCUCUUGCUCUUCUGGUUGGAGGGCCCUGCUUCACCGCAUGCAUGUCCUCCACGGGCUUGUAGUACCGCAUGCUCUUCUGCCCUUCGUUUACUGCAUGCCCUCUGAUCUGGACGACCCUUCAUAGCAGUAACAGCUCCUCCCCUCCACAGUUAGCGCUGCGAGGAGAGGAGACUCUAGGAAAUCCCAGCCCAGCAUGGCACGGCAAGAGCUACUAGUCCCUGUGCCCGUGUGACAUGGGCUGUGUGUGCACUGUAAUUAUUUUCCACCUGUAUCUAACCCCUAAGUAAUCGGUAGGACUGUAGAGGUGCAAGCUGCCAGCCUGCAUGAGUAAUGCGCAUGCCCCAGUGCUGUACUGUUAGCCACUAUGAGAUUGACCAUGCUCGGGUUGGUUUGGCUGAUUUGUCCCUUGUGCUUCCUUGGCGGACUUGUCAUCAACACAAAUUAUUAGACUU